UGCGCUGUCGUCAACUCAUAAUUCAAAGUCUAUAAAGGCGGACCGCCAGCCCACCCGGAGCCUCGCCUUCGCGCUGGUCCAUCGUCAUGCUUUUUGCUCCCACCUAAGGUGCCCGCCCUGGAAGUCCCAUCGAGAACCUAUGCUAUCCUAGCAUCAUUCGACCCCUCUAGAAGCACGGCAUACAAAUCAUAGUCAACAUGAAGAAGUUUGGCAAUAUCUACUUUCUGGCGACCAUCUCCGUCAUCGGCGGUGCCCUCUUCGGCUUCGACAUCUCGUCGAUGAGCGCCAUCAUCUCGACUGAGCCGUACAAGUGCCAAUUUAAUCGCCCGCCAUAUAUCGAUGAGGAAGGCCGGUGCUAUGGCCCAACCGAUACUCUCCAGGGUGGCAUCACAGCCGCCAUGCCGGGCGGCUCCUGGUUGGGUGCACUUAUUUCCGGCUAUUUGACUGAUCGCUUUGGUCGCAAAACCUCUAUUCAAAUCGGCUCUGUGAUCUGGGUCAUUGGCUGCAUCAUCACAUGCGCUGCCGUCAACGUUCCUAUGCUGAUUGUCGGACGCAUCAUCUGCGGCCUGAGCGUCGGUAUCUGCUCCGCGCAAGUGCCUGUGUACAUCUCCGAACAAGCGCCACCUUCGAAGCGUGGCCGCCUUAUUGGCAUGCAGCAGUGGGCCAUCACCUGGGGCAUUGCUAUCAUGUACUUCAUUUGCUACGGUUGCAGCUUCCUUGGAAACGAGUCCGCGUUCCGCGUUCCUUGGGGUGUCCAGGCUUUCCCAGCUUUCAUUCUGGGGAUUGGCCUCAUGUUCUUGCCCGAGUCUCCUCGUUGGCUUGCCAAGAAGGACCGCUGGGAAGAGUGCAAGGAAGUCCUCAUCCUCGUCCACGGCAAGGGUGAUCCCAACUCGCCCUUCGCUGCAAAGGAACUCCACGAAAUCCAGGAAGUCGUCGAGUUUGAGCGUCGCAAUGCCGACGUCUCAAUCUUUGAGCUCUUCCGUCCGAAGAUGAUCAACCGAACCCACAUUGGUGUCUUCACCCAAAUCUGGUCUCAGCUGACCGGCAUGAACGUCAUGAUGUACUACAUUACCUACAUCUUCACCAUGGCCGGACUUGGCGACCAGACGCUUCUGUCUAGCGGUAUUCAGUUCAUCAUCAACGUUGUCAUGACCGUUCCCGCCCUGAUCUGGAUGGACACUUGGGGUCGCCGCCCUUCCUUCCUCGUGGGAGCGUUCCUGAUGUGUCUAUGGUGUUGCAUCAACGCCGGUCUCUUCGCUGUCUACUCGCGCCCUGCCCGCGACGGAGAGUUCACCAACCCGUCCAUUUCCAUGGUCAUCAGUGGCCCGGCCUCUAAAGCUGUCAUCGCUUCUACCUACCUCUUUGUCGCCUCUUUUGCGCCGACAUGGGGUCCUUCAAGCUGGGCGUAUCCCAGGUACGGAGUAACAACAAUUUUGUCUUCUUUUGCACUGAUUGCUGACCAAAGAUUGUACGUUUCUAGUGAACUAUACCCUCAGCGUGUGCGUGGUAAGGCUGUCGCAUUGGCUACCUCAUCGAACUGGGCAUUCAACUUUGCGCUGGCUUUCUUCGUCCCCCCUGCCUUUGCCACGAUUACCUGGAAGACCUACGUCCUGUUCGCAGUCUUCUGCUUCUGCAUGUUCUGGCACGUCUUCUUCAUGUUCCCCGAGACCGCAAACAAGACCCUCGAGGAGGUCGCCCUCAUCUUUGAGGACAAUGGACCUGGCUCCAUCAAGAAUAUUGGAACUCCUGCCUGGAAGACCCACAACAACCGCCACAAGACGCUCAAAGCUGAGCGCAACGAGAUUGACGUGGAGGAGAAACUGGCCGCCGAGCCUCGAGUCAGCAAGAGCUCUAACUAGCGAUCUUGCUGUCUCGCUGAGGACCACUAAAACCCCCGCCAGGGCGGAGAUCGCGUGCUUGUCGUUGUUCGACAUGACUUGCUGAGGAGGUAUCCAUAGGAGGCGGAUAGCUGGUGGUUAUGGUACAGUCGACUACCGGAUCGCAGAGCCUUGAAUGUGCCCAAGAGGAAUGACGGAGAUAGCACGCAAAUAAAAACACUGCCAAAGACUUGAUUUUG